CCAUUCGCAGUAUCUUUUUUUUUCCCGGAAUAAGUGAAGGCCGUCUCUAUUAUAUUUUAUUCAACCCCUGCCAAUUAAAUUUAAAGCGAGUUUGAUUGAAAUUCACUCGGAAAUGAAUUGCAGAACCGGCCUGAUUAUAUUUAAUAUUCUAGGACGAACCUCCGGACUUUACCAAUUAUUGCAAACUAAUAGAUAUGUAAUAUUUAAAGAACGAACCACAUUUAAGAACAUUAAAAUUAUCUGGACAUGUUGGGUUUGACAGCUUACCGGACCAACUGGUGAACAAAAGCGUACAAAAUGGUUUCGUUUUUAAUGUCAUGUGUAUAGGUGAGACUGGUCUGGGAAAAUCCACACUUAUGGAUACUCUCUUCAACACUAGCUUUGAGUCUACACCAAGUCCACAUACAUUGCCGAACGUUAAAUUGAAAGCACAUACUUAUGAGCUUCAAGAGAGUAAUGUUCGGCUUAAACUAACAAUUUGCGAUACCGUAGGUUACGGUGAUCAAAUUAAUAAGGAUGACUCAUUUAAAGCUGUAGUAGACUACAUCGACGCACAAUUUGAAGCAUAUUUGCAGGAAGAACUGAAGAUCAAGCGUUCUUUGGUUUCAUGCCACGACAGCCGCAUUCAUGUUUGCUUAUAUUUCAUAUGUCCAACAGGUCACGGACUUAAGUCAUUAGAUCUUGUAUGCAUGAAGAAACUAGAUAGUAAAGUUAAUAUUAUUCCCAUCAUUGCAAAGGCUGAUACCAUAUCAAAGUCAGAACUAAACCGAUUUAAAAGUAAAAUCAUGCAGGAGCUUUCCAAUAAUGGAGUUCACAUAUAUCAAUUUCCAACCGAUGAUGAAACUGUUGCUGAAACUAAUACAACAAUGAAUACACAUGUUCCAUUUGCUGUAGUAGGAAGUACUGAUUUUAUAAAAGUAGGCAACAAAUUAAUCCGCGCUCGCCAAUAUCCUUGGGGGACAGUUCAAGUUGAGAAUGAAAUGCAUUGUGACUUUGUUAAACUUCGUGAAAUGCUGAUUCGAACUAAUAUGGAAGAUAUGAGAGAAAAAACUCAUACUCGCCAUUAUGAACUAUAUAGGCAGAAACGUCUAGAACAAAUGGGAUUCAGCGAUGUUGAUAGUGACAACAAACCAAUAUCAUUCCAACAAACAUUCGAAGCAAAAAGAUCAAAUCAUUUAGCCGAGCUACAAGCUAAAGAAGAAGAAGUAAGACAGAUGUUUGUGCAGAGGGUUAAGGAAAAAGAAGCUGAACUUAAAGAAAGUGAAAAGGAGUUACAUGCAAAGUUCGAUAAACUAAAGCGUGACCAUGCUGAAGAAAAACGAAAGUUGGAAGAUUCCCGAAAAAAACUAGAAGAAGAUUUUGUAGAAUUCAGUCGUCGCAAAACCCAGAUAUCAGCAUCACACCAUACCUUGACUUUAGGCAAAAACAAAAAGAAGUAA